CUUACAUCGUUAUCAAAUGUGAUGUGAAAAAUUUAACAAAAGAUGCCGAACGAAUACAAGCGAAAGACGAAUCGGGGUAUGGCAAGCAAAGAAAUUUACGAACUGGCUUCCGAAGAAGUGAUGCUACGUAAUAAAUCUCUUCGUGAUGCUGCCACAAGUUAUGAUAUAAACCAUACGUCGCUUUACAGAUACAUUAAAAACAAGCGUAUGAGAGCAAUAAGACCAUCCAACCACCCUCAAUUGGAUAUCAUCGCCCCACAGUGUUUACCAAAGAGGAAGAAAAAUCAUUGUGUGAAUACUUUUGACCUGCUCUGAUGCCAAUUUUGGGUUGAGUACAAAA